CUGGCUUCCAGCCCCAGAGACCUUUUACAGUCACUCCAGACCUCUCACAGUCACUCCAGACCGUUCGCAGUCACUGCGGACACUUCACAGUCACCCCAGACCUUUUGCAUUCACCCCAAGGCCUGAUCAACCUCAAACUCAUUUGCUUCCUCCUGAUACUUUAACAACCUUUCUGAUAUUUGCGAAAACCCUCACAUUUGAUUUCACCCAAAAAGACAAUGGACCCGCCACCAGUGUCGUCGAGCUCGCCACAAGCCUCUGUGCCGGAUGCUGCCAUGGAGGCCGAGUCGGAGCCUGCUCAUCACGGAGUCACGUCUCGAUACAUGGCCGCACUGUGGAAGGACAAGCCAAUGCCACCUCUAGAAGUGUUGGACGUGUCCGAAUCCGACGAUGAAUGCGAAUCUGAUGACGGUCAUGAAUCAUAUCAAGAGGAGCAUGGCGAUCAUCUCGACGAGGUUGUAUACUUCAGUCCGUGGAAGAACUGGCCGGACUCAGGACGCGGAUGGCCCCAUGAUACCGUGCGAAUUCUAGACAUGAGCGAAGCAAGCGACAAGCUGCUGGAAGAUCCUGACAGUCGGCGCUGGCUCCGAAAACUCUCUCAGCUUGAACACAAGAACCUACCAUCGCUGAAAGUCCGCACAGAAGGCAGGCCGAAGAUACCACUCUUCAGGGAUGAGACGACCGGAGACGAAUAUCAACUUUAUCUCGAACUAGGGUUACGGGCCGGCAUGGCCGUAAUCGAGUGCCCAACAAAUCUGGUUCCCGAACCUGAAAACCCGAUGCGCUUGAUACCCAGAGCAGAUCCUCUUUAUCAAGUUCGAUACCGACUGCCACCAGCUGAUGCCUCGUGCCAUGGACCAAUUUCCAAUCCUGAGUUCAUCAUACCGCUGGGACAACUCGCAGUGCGGACAUCAUCAAGAGAACCAUGGAAGACCUUGUGUUCAACAAAAGGAUACCCUCCUCCUACUGAGUUCACUGACUACAUGGUAGUGGUAGAUGCCGGACACAAAGACCUUCCCGUCUGGAUCAUCGCCUCACAGUCCAUUUUGAAGUACCGCAUGGAAUCUAGGGGCAGGGACUAUCCGCAGCUACCCGUUUUCAGGGGGGCGAUGGGGAACGACGAAUAUGGCUUUGAUACUGCGUGUAUUUUGAGGUCCAUUCGCGACCUGCCGCGGCGUGACUUCGAUCAGGCGUAUGAGCUGGUGCGCAACACCCGAUCUGUCAUGGACCCCCGGAUAAUGAAAAUAGCGGCGGAAAAGAUGGCGGAACUCUCUGGGACCGAGCUCCGCGAUGACUGGGACGCUUUCCCGCCGAGAGAGAUUGUUACGGCCGAAGAUAUGGAGGGCGAGGUCAAGCAUUAAGGAAUCCACUCAGCACGGGCUAUACGAACAAGAGCUUUGGAACUGGAAAUUGUGAAGGCUGUCUGGUUGCUCGCGGACUUGGGGGUUGAUACGCGGAGUUGCUGGCCUUCAUGCCUUUGGCGAUCCAUCAUAGAACUCGGAAGAUCCUUUAAAGAUGCCUCUGUGUCUUCCGACUGUCGCUUUGAAUUAGCACCACACAAUCGCAGACUUUUGAACCUUUGG